GAUUUCCAUAUGAGUGCCUGCAAGAGUUUGGCUCCAGAAGGCAGGACUCCUAUUAAUAGACUUCCAGCAGCCUUGCGGGGCAGGUCUAGUUUCGAAAUCUAGCUGACUUGACUGUGCACAGCCAUUUCACCCCUGCUGGAUGGGGGAUGCUGGUUCUCUUCUUGGGCUUUACUUUCCGGAGCUAAAGUUUUUCCUUGGUUGAUCGUUUUCACAGAUAUCUGUGGGCACACCGUGCUGGAGGCAUGGCUGAAGAUACAGAAGCAAAGCACGGUGGCAACAAUGGAAAGAAAGCAGGCCUGUCCGGUAGCUCAGUCUUUACCUGGUUUAUGGUGAUCGCCCUCCUGGGAGUAUGGACAUCAGUAGCUGUGGUGUGGUUCGACCUGGUGGACUAUGAAGAUGUGCUAGCCAAGGCAAUGGAUUUCCAUUAUAACUUGUCAGAGGUUCUUCAAGGAAAACUUGACGCUUACGAUACUGACGGGGAUGGAGAUUUCGACAUUGAUGACGCCAAGGUUUUACUGGGAUUUUCAUCGUCGCCAGUGGAGGAGAAAGCUGCCAAGGCCCCAGAUGUAUCAAGAGGAACACUGAAGACUAAAUCCAAAGACGAAGUUAAAGAGGGUAUAAGAGAGCAGCUGAAAAGGGUAAAGGAAAAAUAUCUCACCUCGGUAAAAGAAGCCAGAAUAGGAGAAAAAGAAAAAUCAUCCAAAGUGUCAAAGGACAGGGAUCAAAAGCGCAAAGAAACGGAGAAACCCAAAAAGGAUUCUGGCAAAGAGAAUAAAGACCAAGAAAAGGCUGAACCAAGGAGGAAAAAGGAUGACAAGCCCAAAGAGAUCACAAAGAGGACAACAAGCGGAAGAAUAUCCAACGAUGACCGGGAUAAAAAGACUGAUAAAAAGGCAGACAAGAAACAAGACAUUGGUCUUUCUGAGAACUAAUGCUUUACAAACUAAUGCAAAGUCUAACUAUCU